AUGGAAAAAUCCAAAAAUUUCCGCAUCGACGCGCUGCUGGCCGUGGACCCCCCGCGAGCGGCCUCCGCGCAGACCGCGCCGCUGGCCCUGGUCACGUCGCUCGCGGCCGCCGCAGCUGGCCCCGGGGGCGGCGGCGGCGGCGGCGGCGGGGCGAGCGGCGGCUGCAGCCCCGCGUCCUCGGAGCCGCCCGCGGCGCCCGCCGACCGCCUGCGCGCCGAGAGCCCGUCGCCACCGCGCCUGCUGGCCGCGCACUGCGCGCUGCUGCCCAAACCGGGCUUCCUGGGCGCCGGCGGCGCGGGCGGCGGGGCGGGCGGAGGCGGAGGCGGGCCCGGGGGGCCCCACCACCACGCGCACCCCGGCGCCGCCGCCGCCGCUGCCGCUGCAGCUGCCGCCGCCGCCGCCGCCGCGGGGGGUCUGGCGCUGGGGCUGCACCCGGGGGGCGCGCAGGGCGGCGCGGGCCUCCCGGCGCAGGCGGCGCUCUACGGCCACCCGGUCUACGGCUACUCGGCGGCGGCGGCGGCGGCCGCGCUGGCCGGGCAGCACCCGGCGCUCUCCUACUCGUACCCGCAGGUGCAGGGCGCGCACCCCGCGCACCCCGCCGACCCCAUCAAGCUGGGCGCCGGCACCUUUCAGUUGGACCAGUGGCUGCGGGCGUCCACCGCGGGCAUGAUCCUGCCCAAGAUGCCGGACUUUAACUCCCAGGCGCAGUCCAGCCUCCUGGGGAAGUGCCGCCGGCCACGCACCGCCUUCACCAGCCAGCAGCUGCUCGAGCUGGAGCAUCAGUUCAAGCUGAACAAGUACCUGUCGCGGCCCAAACGCUUCGAGGUGGCCACCUCCCUGAUGCUCACCGAAACCCAGGUGAAGAUCUGGUUCCAGAACCGGCGGAUGAAGUGGAAGCGCAGCAAAAAGGCCAAAGAGCAGGCAGCGCAGGAGGCCGAGAAGCAGAAGGGCGGCGCGGGCGCGGGCAAAGGCGGCGGCGCCGGGGACCAAGGCGACGAGGAGCUGCUGGGGCCGCCGGCGCCCGGGGACAAGGGCAGCGGACGCCGCCUGCGGGACUUGAGGGACAGUGACCCCGAGGAGGAGGAGGACGACGACGACGAGGACCAUUUCCCCUACAGCAACGGCGCUAGCACGCACGCCGCCUCCUCUGACUGCUCCUCCGGGGCCGACUCGCCUGCCCCGCGGUCCGGCGGGCCCGGCCACCAGCCCCCGCCCCAGUAG